CAGCAAGUCCCGAUGGGAUGAAAAGAGAUGGGCGUACGUAGUAUGAUGGAGUUACCCGGGCUCUUUAUGGGGUCGUCAUGGCCCAGAGAGGCUUCAAUUGUUCUUGUUCUCAUCCUGUGACCAACAGGAUAACUCGAACUCGAACUCGAACUGGAUGGAAUGUCUAUGUUUGCCAGUCAAUUGAGAAGAGCAAUUCCUAAAGCAACACGACCAAAAUUGAAAAUGCCUCUCCACCAUUUAAUGAUCGGGACCUGGACCCCUCCAGGUGCCAUUUUUACGGUUCAGUUUGACGAUGAGAAGCUCGAGCUUAAGUUGGUCAAGAGGACUGAGAUCCCCAAGGACGAGCCCAUAUCAUGGAUGGCCUUUGACCAUGCAAGGAAAAACAUCUAUGGCUCGGCCAUGAAGAAAUGGUCUAGUUUUGCUGUCAAGAGUCCCACUGAGAUUGUCCACGAGGCAUCUCAUCCCAUGGGCGGCGAUCCCAAGGCUGCAUCCCCCGACACAAACACUCGCGCCAUCUUCCUUCUGCCAGCCACCAAGCCCCCAUAUGCAGUCUACUGCAACCCCUUCUACAAGCCACACGCUGGCUACGGCAACAUCUUUAACGUCUCGGACACGGGGGCCCUCGCCACCAACGUCCAGGACUACCCGUACCAGCCCGACAGCGGCAUCCACGGCAUGGUUUUUGACCCACCGACCGAGACUUACCUCUACUCGGCCGACCUGUCGGCGAACCGCCUCUGGGUCCACCGCCGGCACCUGCCCGGCCGGGACCCCGCCCAGGUUGAGCUUGUCGGGUCCAUCGAGGCUCCGGACCCGGGCGACCACCCGCGCUGGGUGGCCAUGCACCAGACCGGAAAGUACCUGUAUGCCCUCAUGGAGGCGGGCAACCGCAUCUGCGAGUACGUCAUCGACCCGCAGACGCACAUGCCCGUGUACACGCACCACUCGUACCCGCUCGUGCCUCCCGGCAUGCCCAAGAAGGACCGCGAGACGGGCAAGGGCCUGUACCGGUCCGACGUGUGCGCCGUGUCGUCCUCGGGCCGCUACCUCUUUGCCAGUGCAAGGUCCAACAGCUUUGACCUGACGGGCUACAUCGCCGCGUUCCGCCUGCGUGACGAUGGGUCCAUCGAGGAGCAGCUCUGCCUCAACCCUACCCCGACCAGCGGCGGUCACAGCAACGCCGUGAGCCCCUGCCCUUGGAGCGAUGAGUGGGUCGCUAUGACGGAUGACGAGCAGGGCUGGAUCGAGAUGUUCAGAUGGGAGGGUGAGUUCCUGGCCAGGGUUGCGAGGCUGAGGAUCCCCGAGCCCGGCUUCGGCAUGAAUGCUAUAUGGUAUGACUGAGAGUGAGGGCAUAUACGAUGGUUAGGAAGCAGCCAUGCAGGUUGAGUCUCUCAGCCCUCUUUCUUGAAAAUUGCACCAUGUUCGGCUCACGUUUCUC